CUCGACAACAUGCAUACCAGCGAGUACGAUUUCCUCUUCAAGCUCCUCCUCAUUGGCGACUCUGGGGUUGGCAAGUCUUGCCUCCUUUUGCGAUUCGCUGACGACACCUACACGGAGAGCUACAUCAGUACUAUCGGCGUUGACUUCAAGAUUCGGACCAUCGAGCUCGAGGGAAAGACGGUGAAGCUCCAAAUUUGGGACACAGCAGGCCAAGAACGUUUCCGCACCAUCACUUCAUCUUAUUAUCGUGGUGCACACGGCAUCAUUGUUGUUUACGACGUUACUGAUAACGACACAUUCACGAACGUAAAGCAAUGGCUUCAGGAGAUCGACCGUUACGCAUCAGAGGGUGUCAAUAAGCUGCUUGUUGGCAACAAGUCCGACCUGACAAGCAAGAAAGUCGUAGAGUACAGCGUUGCGAAAGAAUUUGCGGACCAAUUGACCAUUCCAUUCCUGGAGACGUCGGCGAAGAACGCUACCAAUGUCGAGCAGGCUUUCUUGACAAUGGCCAAGCAAAUUAAGGACCGCAUGGGUUCUACGUCAACACCCUCAGGGGCUGGCAAGUCCUCGACCAUCACGCCUGGCCAGACCGUGCAGCAACAGCAGUCCGGUGGCUGCUGCUGAUUGUUUCGGGGCCGUUUCCCCUUACCUUACCUGCAUUUCCAUUAUCUGCUGGACCUUUCACGUAUAACCCAAGUCUUCGCGUUUUUUUGUCCGCACCUCGAGUAGUCAGUUGCUGGCGUUGUUCUAGUCGUUCUUUCACUUUUCCGCAG